GUUCAUAUAUUCAUUCACCUCUCUGUCUCUCUCUCUCACCCCCUCCCUUUCUCUCUCUGAGCUUCUCGGAUUCACCGGUCGGAUAUCUUCUCCCGCCUUCUUCCCCUUCACCUCCUCCGGCUAUUGAUUGUCUCGGUGGCGCAUGUGCUUUCUCGAUCAGAGCCUAGAUUGAGGAUCCCGAUCGAGCUUCUCUUUGCGUCACCAAGCAGCGCUGGAGAGUCGAAUUUACAGUUCGAUGUCUAAAUAGCUUGAAAGCUUGUUUGGAAACAGCGGCCUCCAAAUAACAGCAUAGCAACAAUUGGGUGAUUGCUAAAUGGACAAAGAAGCACCUCCUAGCCUUUUUGUUAAUGAUGGUUCGUUCAUGGAGAGGUUCAAACAGCUCCAACAAGAGAAAGCCAAGGAAACGAGUGAUCCUGCAGGAAGUACUCAACCGAGGGUAGUUGUGUCAGGGACUUCAACUCCUAACUCUACAGUUUCUAAAACCAGCUUCAGUAUUAAGUCUAAUGAUGCCCGAAAGCCUCAACCUGCCUCGGGAGGUAAACUGGCUUUCAGCUUGAAACAGAAGUCAAAGAUUGUGGCACCUGCAGUGAAGUUAGAUGCUGAUGAGGAUGAGGAUGAGACUGAUGCUGUGAAUGAUUCUGGUGAUGCAUCGGCAAAGCGGCAGAAAUUAGCCGACCAAGAUGUAUCUUACAAAUCCUCGAGACAAGUUGAUGUUGCACCACCACCUUCCCCGAGUGACCUUACAGUAAAGAAUGUUGCGGACAAACUCGCAAGUUUUGUGGCAAAAAAUGGAAGGCACUUUGAGGAUAUUACUCGCCAAAAGAAUCCUGGUGAUACCCCAUUCAAAUUUCUAUUUGACAAGACUUGUGCUGAAUAUAAAUACUAUGAAUACCGGCUGGCAGAAGAGGAAAAAGCCCUUUCACAGGCUAAGGAAUCCCAAACACCCCAAAGUGGUGGGACGAGCUCUUCAUCAUCAAGAUUGGGUACUGUUUCUCAAAGGUCACAUAGCCAUCAAUCAAAUUACCAAACACCUGCUUCAGCAUUGUAUGAAGCCAUGGAUGAUGCUGGUGUUGAUUCAGCAUCAGCAGAUAGAAACAAUAACGAUCCUAUAGCUAUGAUGGAGUUCUACAUGAAGAAGGCUGCACAGGAGGAGAGAAGGAGACAGCCUAAACAGUCGAAAGAUGAGAUGCCUCCACCUCCUUCCCUUCAAGCUUCUAGUAAGAAAGGCCAUCACAUGGGCGACUUCAUACCACAAGAAGAGCUCGAGAAGUUCUUGGCUUCGUGUAACGAUGCUGAGGCACGGAAAUCUGCUAGGGCGGCUGCAGAGAGAGCUCGGAUCCAGGCUGAUAAUGUGGGCCACAGGCUUUUGUCAAAAAUGGGAUGGAAAGAAGGUGAGGGGCUUGGGAGCUCUAGAAGUGGUAUUGCAGACCCAAUAAUGGCAGGAGAAGUGAAAAAGGACAACUUGGGAAUCGGUGCUCAGAAGCCUGGGGAGGUGACAGCUGAAGAUGACAUCUACGAGCAGUAUAAGAAGCGAAUGAUGCUCGGUUAUCGCUAUAGACCGAACCCUCUGAACAAUCCUCGGAAAUCAUACUACUGAGAAAAGCGUGCUGCAAAUCUGUCUUGUUCAUAAAGACACGUAAGAUCGUCGAAGUAGGAAGUUACAGGGGACUGAUGAAUGUUGCUUCCGGUAUUUGUCCUCAAACAAGUGUCUGAUGUUUUUUCUUUAUCUAUGAACCUGUGGUUAGUGAAAGCUUCCUUAAUUUUCCUUCUCGGAGCAAGUUUGUAUACCCACACAUUUUCCUGUGCUGUUUGGAUUUCUUUAUUCUGUACAACGCACGUUUCCAAUCUAAGAUACAGGUUAACAAAA